UUGCUAACGGUCACAAUAUAGUAGUGCGACAUCAACUAACUUGGAAAAAUUUUCUCCGGAAAAGUUUUUUUGAAAUUGGGAAAAUAUUGAACAGUGUUCAUUUGAUUGACAAUUCUUGCUCUCGAAAGUGGUUGGCGAAAGUAAUCUUCUCAAUCAACUAAAAAACAGAGAAAAUGAAAUUAAGCGCUAAUCAAGUUAAGUAAUUCAGUUUUUUGUUAAUUAAAGAGACUGUUCGGAUGAAGAUUUGAUUGAUUGACCGGUUCCGAAAGCGGUGUUCAAUGAUUGAAAGUUUGCUUUCCCAAUUGAUUUAAUGUGUGCUUUUGAGAACGUUCAGUGAAUGGCUCACCCGAUGAGAGCUGUUGCGAUUGAGUGAUUAUUAUUGCAAAUGAAAAAGAAGUGGUCAAUGUUUCAAUCACGGUCCAUUUGCAAAUUUGUGGAACGAUAUUGUGUGAUUUGAGUUAUUAACGCCAAGGAACCCAAAAAUAUUACAAUCAGAGUGAAAAGAAAAAAGCACACUUGAAAAAGUAACAAAUCAGAUAAAUAUCCAUAUUGGAAAAAUUCUUUAAUAAAUCGCAUAACUGCAUCAAAACAACAAAAGACAUCCUCAGCAUGGCGUCGGAACAGUUGCCGGUGACCGAGGUAGGAGGUGGGGGCGUUUUCGAUCGGGUCGUUCAGUUUUUCGUGGACAACCAGGACGUCCGGACCAAGGAGUGGUUCCUGUCCGGGUCGAUAACCCCGCUGAUCAUGAUCCUCGUCACGUACCUGUACUUCUGCCUGUAUGCCGGCCCCCGAUACAUGGCCAAGCGAAAACCCUUCAAGCUGGAAAACGUCCUAAUCGGAUAUAAUGCCAUCCAGGUGCUGCUCAGUAUCGUGCUGGUGUAUGAGGGCAUUCAAGGAGGAUGGAACGGAACCUACGACUUCAAGUGUCAACCCGUUGACUACACGACAAAUCCUACGGCAAUGAGGAUGGCCGGAGCUGUCUGGGGAUACUACAUCUGCAAGGUAAUCGAGCUGCUCGAUACGGUGUUCUUCGUGCUGAGAAAGAAGCAGAACCAGGUUUCGUUCCUGCAUGUUUAUCACCACACGCUGAUGCCAAUUUGCGGAUUCAUCGGAGUCAAAUAUUUUGCUGGAGGCCACGGUACCCUGCUCGGAGUGAUCAACUCGUUCAUCCACGUGUGCAUGUACGCCUACUACAUGCUGGCAGCGAUGGGUCCGAAAGUGCAGAAGUACCUGUGGUGGAAGCGAUACCUGACAGUGAUGCAGAUUAUUCAAUUCAUAAUCGUGUUCUAUCACACGGCGCAAGUGCAGUUCCAGCCGAGCUGUCAGUACCCGAAGUCGAUCGCCGCCCUGCUAACGCUGAAUGCCGGCCUCUUCAUUUACAUGUUCAGCGCGUUCUACGUCAAGUCGUACAUCCGAAGUGCGAAGAAGGCAGCUGCGGCGGCUGCAGUUGAAGAGAACAACAAUAACAAUAACAACAACGAACCCGAAUACAAACCAAAGGAAUUCGCGGCCGCUGCCCUGGACGCCAAGAGCCGGCAACAGGAACUGACCGGCUUCGGACUGGCCUCGAAAAAAGAACUGUAGAAAGGGAGCAAGGGAGUGAGAGUUACAAAUUCGCAAUAGCUAGGAUUCCAUUAGCCAUAAGAAAGUUGUGUAUGCGCCGCGGGAUAGCCUUCCAGAAAUUGGAAGGUUCAAAUCGAGACAAUACGAUACAGCGAUCCAAUCGGGAGGGAUGCUUAGGAGGAGCACAUCUCUCAGGACACUAAUUAGCGGGUAAGAUGAGGCAGGUGGAGAAACGGACACAGAAAAGAGAUGACCGAAGAAGAAUGACGCAAGGCUCUAUGAAGCUUUACUUUUUUCUUGCCGAGUUUUUUUUAUAACGAUGUAUAUUUUGAUAGAAACCUGAAACAUGUAGGUAAAUAAACGUAUUUAAUAGGA